AUGCCUCGCUUGACUCGCUUGACUCGCUCCAUUCCUCACAGUGCUUCGACCGAGCCAUCUACUCCUGAGCAAGACAUCUUUACACAUGGCCUUGCCGAGGCAAUCUCACGGGACUCCGAUAAUCCUCGUUUAAGACAAGAUAGACUAGAGAGAUCGCCUAGUCCCAACUACCCCUAUUUUCUACAACACACAGACUCUGACAGCAGCGACGACGAUGCAGUCGAUAUCCCAUACCGAAAUGACGAAGAUAGGACUGGUGUUCGUGUCGGCGUUACUACGAGGCGCACGAAACCUUCCGCUGAUGAACAAGACCCCGGCCCGUCCGUUCGGGACCGUACGACCGCCGAACUCAACGCUGCCAUGGAAGCGCAAGUCGAAGACCCUUCCUUUCCGGGUCUCGACACCACCGGGUUACCACUUCUACGAAAUUUCAUGACCGCAUGCGAACGGAAUCUCGUUGGUAUGCACCCCAAGCGGACCGAACUCGAUUGGAGAAGGGGAGUACGCAGGCCAGUGAGGUCUGGGAGGCCUCGGUGUGCAGCGCAGGGACAGUUGUGUGGUGUCGAAGCCCCGGCGGAUCAGGAAUGUAUCUCCUGCGCUAAAGGCCAACGGACGUUCGAGCAUUGUCGAAUUAUUUUCGUGAAGAACGAGGCUCAGUGGGGGUGGGCGUGUGCUAAUUGCGCCUUUGUGUCAUCGGGAAGCAAAUGUUCCUUUCGUCCUGAUCUAGUAUCUCCGAAUGUGCCUUCGUGGGUUAUCGCGGCUGUGACUGAACGGCAGCCGUCGAGUCUAUUGCUUCACACAUACUGUGGCGCAAAGGAUACAGAUGCCGCCCGGAAGUCUACGAAGCCGACUGUCGGUCGGAAGCGUCCUGGGACUACCCCAGACGAUGCAGGCGAAGAGAACCCUCCUAAGAGUCGCAAGUUCAAGGUUGGUCCCGUCAACCCCAGUGAGGGUGCCGCGAAGAACGCACCCCCCAAGCUCAAGAACGGAGGGCUGCCGUUCAAUGCAACCUGGUACAACUCGCCCCUUGAAGACCCCGAAGUGUACCGUAUGAAGGAUAAAGCAUAUGCACUUGGUACCUACCGUGACCUCGGAGACAUCAUCGCGCGCGCCGCGGAGGAUCAAGCUCGUACGAAGGCAGCAAUGAUCAAGAAAGGAUUCCCGCUUGAAUCAGACGACGAGGAAUCAGAAGAGGAGAACGUCUUUGCCGACGAGUGA